GAGUACGAUGGCUCAGCUGUCACGCCUGGCAGCAUCCCCAACUUCCCAUUCCGCGACUGCAACACCACAAACGGCGCGUACCGGCUGGCACCGGUGUGGCGGCCUUCGGGCAGCAACACGUACUGCUUCAAGAUCCAGGUCAGCCAGGAUGCCCUGUCCUGCACUGGCGCCUGCUGCAGCGCCGACUUGCACAAAAUUGAGGUGCGCCCACGGCCGGCUGAUGGUGUGGGGGAUGCGACAUGCAGACAUAGUGCUACAGGUAGCACCUGCUACAACGCAAACGACGCGCUCGCCAAGAUCGAGUGGUAUUUGGCUUGUGUUUCCAUGACUGCAGGUGAUGCGUUCAGGUCGGCGGUCAAGGGUUUCACGGUGUACCCCGCCGGGGGAUCAAACAAGACCAUUGCCGACAGCUGGGGCGCCACUGGAACCGAUACCCUGAAAGUCAAUCUCAACUGGAACCUGCUGCAAGCCAACGGCGGCAAGGUUUGCGUGGCGAUUCAGAACCCGUUCACCAUGGGCGACAUCUGCAAGGGAGCCCUUGGCUACGCCAGCAUCUUCAACAGGGACAACUCGGACUACUGCUGCCCCAUCUACCGCACGGGGCCAUGA